AUGGAGCCCCAUACUCAGGAAUCGUCGCAACCUGCAGUGAGUGACAUUGAGCAGCUCAUCCAAGUUCUGCAGACGGAAUCUGCUGUCAAGGGACGGGAAUGGCUGCAGUCACAGCUCGAGGGAAAGAGCACCAGCGAACUUCGUCAGCUUUGUACAUCGUUGGGUCUUUCCCGUCGACGUGCGAAUUCUACAAGCAUGUUGACGAAGGAACCAUCGCAGCCUGCAGUGAGUGACAUUGAGCAGCUCCUCCAAGUUCUGCAGGCCGAAGCUGCUGUCAAGGGACAGGAGUGGUUGCAGUCACAGCUGCAGGGAAAGGACAUUAACGAACUUCGGAAGCUCAGUACGCACUUUGGUCUGUCUCAUCGAGUAACCGCUGAGCAACUGAAACUGGAGGCGGUACAGCAAGGCCCCAAUGCACGGGCGUGGCUUCGUCGCAAAUUGAACACUUUCUCGGCCAAGGUAGCCAAGGAUUCAGUGGACGGCCGAAGCCCGCUGGCGGCGCUGGGUGCUGAAGUCGGUGUGGAAGACUGUCUGUCUAAGAAGGCGCUGAUCGAGCGCAUGAUCGCCGUCUUGCUGCCAGAAGAAUCAUUGGACAGCAGCGCCGCGGUGCAGCGGCAUGCUUGGCGAUUGCUUCGGUCCUGUCUUGGAAGACAAGCAGCAGGCGAGCAAAUCGAUGCCGAUUUCUUGAGCACAGAGGUAGUCGACGCAGAUCUUCGGCUGAAACUUCUUGCAUGGUGUUUGUGCAUUCCGAUGGACACUCUGGUGGGACGUCACUAUAGCUCUCAGCAGACAUUGCUGGAAUUGAUUCGUAGUCUUGGUUGCAUUAUGACACACUUCAAUUCCGUUUCGGACGUUUGGGCCACACUGGAUGUUGACUUGCAAAAACUUGAUGCUGAUGCUGCAUUGCAGCGCUUUCCCAACCUUGAACGACAAGAGGAGGACCAACUUGCAUUUGUAUUGCCACUAUGGGCAUUCUCCAUCAAGCCUGAAGCUUCCUUGCGGGAGCCCACAGCGCUUGACACCAGCUAUAGGUUCUACAACUUCAAAAAGUCGGUGCGUGGAUCCAUCCGGCGAUCUCCAUCCGCCAUCAGCUGGGUGUUCAGCUUCAUGAACAUCAAAGCUGACCCAGCUACAGUGAUUCGCCAGUGGAUUCCAGGAUGCCCAUAUUCAGAUGAUAGCCUGGCCAGCAAGAAGAUCCUACCAGGAUAUUGCUACAAAAGCCGCAGCUUUGCAAGAAACUCCCCGUGGAUUGCUAGGAGUACGGUGACUGAAGACUCAUGCCAGUUGAUGUUCAAUAUGAUUUGGCGGCAGCAUACAGCAGGCUUGAAAAGUCUCAAGCGACAUGAGCUGGAGGAGAAAGCUCAAUGCUGUGCUCUGGCAUGCAUUGCUUCCAUCCUUGAUGAGCUCAACGACAAAGUGGGAUCUGUGGAGCUGAUGUCGACGCUUGAAGUUCAAACGCAGCAGCUGGAGAGCAAGCAGUUUGAGGUGCUGAUGGAGGAGCUUGAGCAUGAUGUCAAGAGUUGGCAGGUCCACCUCAGGAAGAUUUCGGAGUUUGACCUGAGGGUAGUAAGCCAGAAGGAUUCCUGGAACUUGCAGCGCCAUGCAGCAGCAAAGUCAGCAGCUGCAAGCAUCAUUGCGCAGAAGGAUAUGGUUCAACCUGAAGACUUGGGAAGUCAUGGUGGUGCUGCUGCUCCACUGCCCAUGACAGACGCUGGCCACAUCAAGGGAGCUCUCAAAUACAGUCAGAUCGGCAAAGAGGUUGAUGGGGAAGUGGCUGGCAUCCAAGUUCCGGACAGUGUUGUGAAGCAGUGGUACAGCCAUGGUAGUCAUGGCAAUGAGUUUCGUGCUUGGCAUGACUCCUUUGUGGAAACGUGGCCCAAGCCGACAAAGACUGCAGCAAAAAGGACUGCUGCCUCAGGUGCUGGAGGCCCAUUGAAGAAGACAAGGAAUGCUGAGACUGAAGCCACACCUGAUAUGACCAGCCUUGCAGACAUGAUCCGGGAACAUGUGCCUACUGAGACGGAGAUUGCUAAGUGCAGCCUGCUGAACCUUCAGAAGGUUGACCUCAUUGUGCAAGCAGGUUCAAUGUUUGUCCAGAGUGUGGGUGAAGAGAAGGUGGUCAUUCCAAAAGGGGCAGUACUUGCGGGAUUCGGCAAAGGAACUUUCAAGAAUGUCCCAAUGGGCCAGUCGCUUGAGGAGCAUGACGUGGAGUUUCUGUGCAACAGUCCGGACAGCCUGGCAAUCAUGGAUGGGACUGUGCAGUUGCUUUCGCAUUUCCUGGAUCAGAAACGCCAGGCAGCUCCUGACAAGCAAGCCCUGUGCUACUAUGAGACCUCGUAUGACAUUGCGGAGACCAAAUGGACUUUGAAGCAGGUGUGUGGUUGA